AUUUCAUGUAAUUGGAUUAAACUUAGACUGAUGAUAUAAAAUAACACUAGAAAUACAAACUACUUUAAGAUUGGGGUAUUAAGAAUGGUGUUAAAAUGAAGGGUGUGAAAUUUCAAGAAUUUUUCGGAGAUGUUACAGGUAUGAUUGCCUUAGAAGACUUACCAUCAAAUACUGUAAGUAUUGUUAAUGAUUUUAAUAGGCAAUUAUUUGCAUUCCAUAAUCAUUAAUAAUUUCACCUAAUAAAUGUAAACGUAGCAAUCUUGUUUCAGUUUAUAAUAGCCAUCCAGAAAUGUUUGAUGAGGAAGAAACGAAUAAUGCAGACUUUAAUAUAUUAAGUAUAAGUUUGAUUGUGUAUCUAAGCUUUUUAUAUGUAUAAUGAGAAGAAGAAAGGAGAAUCAUCGUUCUAUUAUUCAUAUAUAUAGGCUAUUUAAACUAAUAAUACAUUAUUGGGUUGGUCAAAUGAUGAUUUAAACAAGAUUGAAGAUCCUAUAAUAUUGGAGGAAUUUACCACAAUAAAAUAAGAUGUGUUAGGAUUAUGGGGUAAAGCUAAAUUAAUCUUUGAUAAUAAUCAAGAUGUAUUUGGAAUUCCUAGAGUAACAGAUAAAAAAGAUUUUUACUGGGCAGUUGAAUGUGUAAUGAGUAGAUGUUUUGGAUGGGCUUUGAGAUAUACUUGUUUAAUUCCAAUAGCUGAUUUUCUUAAUCAUUCUAAUAGAGCAUGCACACAUUAUAUGGUUCAUUAAAGAUUAGAGUAAGGGAAUGGAAUAAAAUCAGUUGAUAAAAUGAAUUAUGAGUAGUAAUACAUUAUUAAGAGAAAUAAAAUAAAUUUAAGUAUUUUAGAUAUUGAGAAUGAAAAUGAUAUGUAGAUAUAUGAAGAUCAAAAAAAUAAAUAUAUUAUAUAAAAUAAAGAAUAUAUAAGAGAUGAUUAUUAAAUAGAGUAUUUAAAUAGAAUAUCAUAAAAUGAAAAAAGAAUAAUAAUAAAUAAGAUCUAAUAUGAAUAAUUGAUGAAAGAUGAAUAAUUGAAUAUUUGGGAAUUGGAUUCAGUUACAUCUUCUGAUAGUGAAGAUAAUGAUUCUGAUGAGGAAAUUAAAUUGGAAAAGUAAAAGUAAUUUGAGAUAUUAAAAAUAAAAGAAUUUGCAGAAUUGAAAUUAAGAGAAGAAUAAAAAAGAAUAUAAAGAGAAUAGGAAUAACAAAGUUUAUAAAAUUAACGCAUAGUUACAGUAACAUUAGAUCCAAGUAAGAUUAAUAAAAAAUAAUAAGUUAGAGAAUAAAAAUAAAGUGAUUAUACGAGGGUUACCUUAAUAUUAGAUUGAAGCUAUAAAAGUAAAAUAGUAAAUGAUGAAUGGGAGAUUAUGGAAGGAUGGAAAAGAAUCAAAAGAAUAUGAUGAUGAUGAUGAUGAAAGUGAGAAAAGUGAAGAAUCAAAAUGGGAUUGGUUAGAUGAAUAUGAUGAAGAUGCUUAUUUUUGUAUAGUAACUACAGUACCAAUUAAGAAAUAUGAAUAAGUGACUAUUUCAUAUGGAAGAAGAACUAAUAGAUUUUUAUUAUGUUGGUAUGGAUUUGCAUUAGAACAAAAUUUAUAUAGUUCGUUUAAUUUUAGAGUAAUUUAUUUACUAAUUAAAGUUAUGGUUAAAUAAUGAUAUUCUUUAAGAGAGAAACAGAGAAUAAAUAUUGAAUACUAUAAUCAUAAAAAAAUUAAUCUCUGUUGAUGAAUCAAUUGUAGACAAAAUUACAUAUAAUGGAUAUGAGAUUCCUGUAUCAUCUUUAUCAAAAGAAAUAAGAAUUAAAAAAAAUCACUUGAAUAUGGAUGUAAUAAUAUUUUUGAGAUUGCUCUUAUAAAUGUAAUACGGUAAUGAAAAAGAAUUGUUAAGUAUAAUUCCUGUUUCAAUUGAUUAUGAAAUAUUUGUGAUGUAAUUUUACGAUUCAAUGUUGAAUCAUCUACUAAAUUCUUACUCUUAAGAUUUGAUUUAGGAUCUUAAAGAAUUAGAAUAACAAAUUGAAAUUCCAAAAAGAUUUGCUGUAUAAAUUUAAUUCUAAUUUUUAGAUUUAUAUCAAUAAGGAAAGAAAGGAAAUUCUAAUUAACUAAAUAAAUAUAGUUACAGAAGCUAUCAAAAUAUUGAAGAAGUAUAAAGAAAUUGGGAGAUUGAAGGAUAGCUAUCUAUUAAAUGAUAAAUUAUAGAACAUCUAAAUAAUAAAAGCAUUGAAGCGAUAUCUUUAAUUGAUAAAUGAGUUUUUAUGA